AUGAAAUUAGCAAAAGUAUUAUAUUUUGUUGCCUUUUUAUUAGCUAUAAAUGUAUUAACCCCAGAAUCUAAUAAUUAUGUUGAAGCCAACUCCGAAAUUAUAAACAAAAUAAAAAAAAAAAUUGAUAAUAAUUCGUUUAUUAGAAAAAUUAAAAAUAACAAAGAUGCAGUUAUAUUUACUUUAUUUGCAACAUUAGCAUUAGCAUUCCGUACUACGUUUGCUGUAAUCCAUUAUCAAAAGAAUGGAAUUACUAAAAAACCAUCAUCGGACAGUGAAACAAAACCCUUAACCGUCCCACGCGAAAACCAAAACACAAUAUCAGAUAAUAAAAGUACAUCAUCAACAAUAAAAAAUGAAACAAAAUCACCACCGUAUAAUUAUACCACAACAGAGUAUCCACCAAUAUCUCACUGUAGUUACUGA